AUGGCUGGAUCAUUGAAGCUGUAUGUAUUUGGGGAUGAGGCCGGGGACUUCGCAGGGCCACUCCAAAAGCUGUGUGAGCAAAGGAAGGAAGUUCUUUUCCUACACUUCCUAGACGAACUCAACAAGGUCCUGAGAGAUGAGGUGCGCCGACAACCUCGUGACGUGCGCGUGCAGAUUCCAGAGUUCACAGAUGUGCUGGAUCUUGUCCGACACUACCGUGACUCAGGAUCCCGUAACCAAAUCCUCGAGACUACUCUGACUUUGGCUUUCCGGAUUGGCGUCAAGGUCCAUGGAGCUGCCCAACGAUUGUCGAAGCAUGGCGAUGCUGCUGUCGCCCAGAGCUGGACAACACUCAUAAUAGGGGCCCAGAAAGAGGCCUCGAUAGCGGCGCUGGCAGAAUUCAACGAAUCGAAGGGAAUUCCACAUGCCAAUCAGGCCUACAUCAGUGCGAACAGCAAAGAUGUGGUUUCGAUUAGUGGACCCCCGGAAACUGUCACCUCUCUACUCCAGCAUUCAGAAUACCUUCAGAAGUUCAGGACAAUUUCGCUUGACAUAUUUGCACCUUUCCAUGCACCACACUUGUACAAUGAUGAUGAUGUUGCGGAAGUCUUGCAGCCAUUCUCUGGCAAGAACGAGAAGAGGAAGUUGUUCAUCCCCGUCAUCUCAGGCCUCGGCACUCUAUACUCUCCAGAUAUGGAUGUUGAGACCCUUAUGGCAGAUGUCGUGAGAGACAUCCUGAUCCGACCGCUCUUGUUUGAGAAUGUCAUGAAGACAGUCACAGAAACGACGACAGCAUCGUCCCACCAGAAUUGCCAAAUCUUCUCCGUUGGGCCGUCUCAGGCGAUCAACAGUCUUGCAUCAACUCUGCGAGCAGAUACCUCUUUGAAUGUGACAACAGAAGGACCAAUUCACACGGGAAGCCCCGACUACGAGCCUUUGAACGGAGCUCAGAAGAUUGCGAUCGUUGGAAUGGCAGGCCGCUUCCCCAACUCCGACGAUCUCGAAAGCUUCUGGAGUACAUUACAGCAAGGAUUGGACCUCCAUCGACGGGUUCCUCCGGACCGUUUCGACAUCGAUGCACACUACGAUCCCACUGGGAAGAAACUCAAUUCGACGCAUACUCCGUAUGGAUGCUUUAUUGAAAAGCCAGGUCUAUUCGACCCACGUUUCUUCAAUAUGUCCCAACGGGAAGCCUAUCAAACCGACCCUAUGGGAAGACUCGCACUGGUGACAGCAUAUGAAGCUCUCGAAAUGUCAGGUUUCGUACCUAACAGGACACCUUCUUCCAUGUUGGAUCGGAUUGGGACAUUUUAUGGACAAACAAGUGACGAUUGGCGGACACUCAACGCUGCAGAGAAGAUUGACAUGUACUACAUCCCGGGAACGAUUCGAGCUUUUGCUACUGGUCGAAUCAACUAUCAUUUCAAAUUCAAGGGACCGAGUUACAACGUUGACACAGCAUGUUCGUCCAGCUUUGCUGCGAUCCAACUGGCUUGUACGUCCUUAUUGGCAAAGGAAUGCGACACUGCUCUGGCUGGCGGACUCAAUGUCAUGACAACACCAGAUCUGUUUGCGGGUUUGAGUCGCGCACACUUUUUGUCCAAAACCGGAUCUUGCAAAACUUUUGACGAUGGCGCUGAUGGUUUCUGUCGUGGCGACGGAGUUGGUACAGUCGUUUUAAAGAGGCUGGAAGAUGCCGAGGCUGAUAACGAUCCAAUUUUGGCUGUUGUUCUAGGCACAGCAACGAAUCAUUCCUCUGAGGCUGUCUCAAUCACCCGACCGCAUGGGCCAGCCCAGGAAGCUCUCUACAGAAAGAUUUUGAAGCAUACUGGUGUGGAUCCUGUCGAUGUUAGUUACGUGGAGAUGCACGGCACAGGAACGCAGGCCGGUGAUGGAACUGAAAUGAAGUCUAUCACCAAUGUUUUUGCUCCACGAGACAAAGGUCGCCGCCAACCAGAUCAACUGAUCCAUCUCGGUGCGCUGAAGGCAAACAUUGGUCAUGGUGAAGCUUCUGCCGGCGUGGCAUCUCUGAUCAAAACGGUCAUUAUGAUGCAAAAGAAUGCUAUCCCUCCCCAUGUUGGCAUCAAGACCACCAUGAACAAAACGUUCCCUCAUGACCUGAACGAACGAGGUGUUCGAAUUGCUUUCAAGGAAACCCCCUGGGUUCGUCCUGAUGGAGGCAAAAGGCGUGCCUAUUUGAACAACUUCGGCGCUUCAGGUGGGAAUACUGGUCUCCUUCUGGAGGAUCGUCCGGCUCCUGUAUCAACAAGGGCCAGCGAUCCCAGAACCAGUUUUGUGGUUUCGCUAAGUGCCAAAUCAGCUUAUUCUCUGGACCAGAAUAUCAACCGACUCGCAACUUAUCUUGAAGGAAACCCGGACACAUCUUUGCCAGCGCUGUCAUAUACAACCACUGCCAGACGAGUGCACUAUCCACACCGUGUCUCUUACGCGGUGAGAAGUAUCCCAGAAACAAUCAAGUCGUUGCGAUCAGCCCAGUCGAAGGCGAUCAAGCCUGAUCCGGCAAGCUCUGGCAAAAUCGCUUUUCUGUUCACGGGGCAAGGCUCGCAUUACACAGCUCUCGGAAAACAGCUUUUUGAGGACUGCCAAACCUUCCGAAAUGACCUGGUGGAAUUCAACAGAAUUGGUCAGAAGCAGGGCUUCCCAACUUUCUUACCUCUCAUUGACGGCUCUGAGGACGUCGCAUCACUCUCGCCAGUUGCACUCCAACUGGGACAAUCAUGCAUUCAGAUCGCACUUGCGCGGCUUUGGAAGUCUUGGGGCAUCACUCCCAGCAGCGUUCUUGGACACAGUCUCGGAGAGUAUGCUGCACUGAAUGUAGCUGGUGUCUUAUCAGCCAGUGACACAAUUUACCUGGUUGGACGAAGAGCUCAGCUUCUCGAAGAGCUCUGCACCCCAGGCAGUCACAAGAUGCUAGCCAUCGCGGCAUCUGUGAGCUCUGUUAAAGAGAUCCUCGGUGAUAAGGACAUUGAAGUUGCUUGCAUCAAUGGCCCCAAUGAGACUGUCAUCAGCGGUCUGGCAGAGCAAAUGGAGUCUUACUCGAAAACACUCAAGGCCACCGACGUCAAGUGCUCCUUGCUGUCGACAGCUUAUGCCUUCCAUUCGGCACAGAUCCAGGUCAUCGUUGAGCAGUACAGAAAAGUGGCAAGCUCAGUCCAUUUCGGACCUCCAAAUGUCCCCGUUAUCUCUCCUCUACUUGGGGACGUUGUCACUGACGGCAAUGUCUUUGGACCGGAUUACCUGUGCCGCCAAGCUCGGGAAGCUGUGAACUUCAUGGGUGCCCUAAAAGCUGCCGAGUCCAAAGGAGUUGUUGAUAACAAUGUGAUCUGGCUUGAAAUCGGUCCCGCACCUGUCUGCUCUGCUUUCGUCAAGUCAUCUCUCGGGAGCAAGGCAUUGACUUUGCCGUCGCUCCGCAAGCAAGAAGAUGUAUGGAAGACAUUGUCCGGCACGCUGAGCAACCUUUACUCCAAGGGACUUACCAUCGAAUGGGAAGAAGUCCAUCGUGAGUAUGAAGCCUCUCACACCGUGCUAGCUCUUCCGAGCUACUGCUUCGAAGAGAAGAACUAUUGGCUCGACUACCACAACAAUUGGUGCCUGACGAAAGGUCAAAAGCUUGUCGAGUCAGCCGCUCCAAAGCGUCGGGGCCGCCAUCUGUUAACACCAUCCGUACAGAAGGUGAUCAAGGAAGACUUUGGACAAACAAAGAUUACUGUUGUUGCCGAAUCAGAUCUGUCUGAUCCUGAUCUCAAUCACGCAGUGACCGGUCAUUUGGUGAAUGGAUCAGCUCUUUGCCCAGCGGGUGUUUACGCUGAGUCGGCGUUGACUUUGGCGGGCUACAUUUACCAUAGGGUCAAGAAGACAGAAGAUAUCGGCAUGGAUGUGCGUGCUCUGGAAAUUGUGAAACCCUUAAUCGCCAAAGGUCGCGAUCAAAAGGAGAAGCAAGUCUUCAGAAUAACUGCCACGGCCGACCAACCACUGAAGCUCGUGAAGAUCAGUUACAACAGCGUCUCUGCUGACGGCAGCCUGGGGGUGUUGCAUGCAACCUGUCAUGUUGAGUACGGAGACAUCAAAACCUGGCGUGCAGAAUGGUCGAGAUUGGCAUAUCUGGUCCGAUCGCGCAUCGACGUUAUGAAUGAUGGUGUCAAAGGUCGCCAAUAUCAGAAACUCGACCGCAAGGCAGCGUACGAAGGUUUCUCGGGCUUCGUUGAAUACGACAAACAAUACCAUGGGAUGAAGGAGGUCAUCAUGGAUCAGAAGAACCUCGAAGCUACCUCAAUAUUGGAAUUCCAACCGUCCAAUGACUAUGGAGAAUUCGAGAUAGAUCCUCGCUUCAUCGACAACAUCUCCCAUCUUUCAGGAUUUAUUCUGAACGGAUCCGGCGCUACAGACACCAGGAAGCAAGUUUUCGUAUCUCACGGAUGGGAUCAUCUUCAAAUUGCUGAACCCCUAUCAAGCAGCAAGUCAUACAGCAAUUAUGUCAAGAUGCACGAGAUCGAGAAAGCAACCAUGGCGGGCGAUGUCUAUAUCUUUGACGGAGAAGAGAUGGUUGCGCUCGUGGGAGGUGUGAAGUUCAAGGCGAUCCCCCGAGCUGUCAUCAAUCAACUCUUACCUCCUGUCAAGGGCUCGAAAGCACUCGAAAAGUCUGCGCCUCGACAGAACCCGAAGGCGACUGCAACCAAAACCACACAAAAGCCACAAGCUCCUGUUCCUGUGCCUCAGAAGCAGAAUAAAGCAAUCAUUGAUGAUUUCCUGGCUUUGUUAUGCGAGGAGUUGGGCGUGGAGCUGUCGGAACUCCAAGAUGACACGGCCUUUGCUGAUAUUGGCCUGGACUCACUCAUGUCGCUCUCAAUCACAGGACGUAUGCGCGAGGAACUUGACUUGGAAGCUAUCCCGUCUUCGGUAUUCACGGAUUACCCUACAGUCGGCCAGGUGAAAGAAUUGAUCCUGAAGCUGGCGGGCUCUUCUUCGGAUGAAAAUACGACAGAUACCCCAGAUGAAGAAGAAGACCCGGCUACGGCAGAUGCAGAUAACACUGAGAUGAUCAGAGAGAAUCCUCUCGAAUCCGUGUCUCCGAAUGUAUCUUCCAGCGAAGCUAUGGAUGGGUUCCUAGCAAUCGUCUGUGAAGAGGUAGGUGUAGACCUGGAGGAGCUGCUUGAGGUGCAGAACUUUGCUGGGGCUGGUGUUGACUCUUUGAUGUCACUUACCAUCACUGGGCGAGCUCGCGAGGAUUUGGACAUGGACAUUCCGUCCUCGUUCUUCGUGGACUAUCCUACUGUCGACCAGGCAAGGUUGGCCAUUGCAUCUCUUAUGGGUGGUGGCGAUCAGACCGGAGCCACUACACCAUACAGCGGCAGCGAUGAUGCGAAAUCAUCAACGAGCUCUUUGACUGCAGGCUCGGUGCUCACGCCUGACGACGACAUGGACGCGCAAGACAUCAGCCAGUUGACCCGACCUGCAACCUCGAUCGUACUGCAGGGCAGUCUUAAGACUGCCUCCAAGACUCUAUUCCUUCUACCUGACGGAUCAGGUUCGGCAACCUCAUACGCGGCUCUUCCCAGAGUUUCACCUGAUACAUGUGUGGUCGCUCUCAAUUGCCCCUUCAUGAAAACGCCUUCCGAGUAUACGACCGGAAUCGAAGGUGUUGCUGCACUGUACCUUUCUGAGAUCAGGAGAAGGCAACCUGAAGGUCCGUAUGUUCUCGGAGGAUGGUCUGCUGGCGGUAUUUUGGCGUAUGCGGUGGCAUGCCAACUGAUCGAAAUGGGAGAAGAGAUUGAGGAUCUCUUCUUGAUCGACUCGCCAUGCCCAAUCAAUCUGCAGCCACUACCAUCGGAGCUGCUACAUUUCAUCGACUCCCUGGGACUGCUAGGGGCCCAAGGGUCAGCACCUAAAUGGUUGAUCCCGCAUUUCGAGGCGUCAAUCAAGAACCUCACCGCGUUCGUACCGCAUGCCAUGGACCCGGACGAAGCACCACGAACACACAUCAUCUGGGCCCGCGACGGACUCGUCUCGGAGUCGGAUGAGAAGCAAUUUCCGCGAUCUGAUGCCGAGGCGAAGAGUGUCAAGUUCUUGCUUGAUGGUAGACAGAACCUCGGGACCUACGGAUGGGAGAAGUUGAUAGGCUCGGAAAACAUCAGCGUGGAUUUCAUUGAGGGCAAUCAUUUCACAAUGAUGCGUGAGCCAAAGGUGAAUCAAUUGCCAAGUAUUCUAGAUCGCUUGAUCGGUGCAUGA